AUGCCUGCUGGGUCUGCUGUGAUGCUCACACCUGAGUGCAGGCUGCAUCCGCUGUUUCUUCCCCACCCUGCCCCAUGUGGAGGGGCCUUGGCACCAGCUGCCAUAGUGGAAUCUCUCACACUGAAGUCUGUGAAGACCAGCUCCAAGAACCACUGUCCUAAUGAGAGUGGCUUUGCUCCCUGGCACUUCCCAAAGUGCAAAGCUGUGGGGGAUAGAACUCUGGAUGUGGCCUCAGGAAUCCAGCCCAGAAAACCAUCAUUAGUGGCCUGUACCAUGAGCCCACCACAGCGCUCUCCACCCCAACUCUUGUGUCUCAGCACCCCCUUCCCCCUUUUCUUCCUGCUGAUCCAGCGAGCCAGGCUUUCUCCUUCUCUGGUCUCUCCUCCUCCUCUCCCCCUUGAAUCCAGUCCUGGUUUCCCCGCCACCAGCCUCCCUUUUCUCUCCGGCUGGGCUCGCUCCCCGCCCCCGCCCCCGCCGCGCCCGUCGUCACCGCGGAGGGUUCAGCUCCUCGCCUUCCCCGCUCCCAGCCACCCGGGGCUUGGCUCGCCCAGUCCGGUGGCUCCAGUCCGGAUCUCGCUGCUGCCCGACCCGGGUACGAGUCCCAGCCGCUCCGGAGGAGGCGGCGGCUGGCCCCGGCUCCCCUCGGCCGCCUAG